AGAUCUUUUAAUUCGUUACAAUUGGUUUUAUUUUGAAAUUUAGAUUUUUGAAAUUCAGAAAAAUGGAUAAAGUGCCACAAGCAGUGAGGGACUAUUUGAUGGAGGCUCAUCAAUUGGCGGCUCAGUGGUCUCUUCCAAAUGAUCGCGGUGACUACAUAAAUUCGAAAUCAAUUCCAAUCAAAUCAGUGGCUGUAAUUGGAGGUGGAACCAUGGGAAGAGGAAUUGCAAUCGCAUUUUGUUUAUCAGGAUUUGAGACGUAUCUUGUCGAAGUUAACAAUAAGGCUGCCGAAUUCUGUAAAAAUGAAUUGGAAAUCACUUACAAAAGGGAAAAAGCAUUUCGAAGACUGAACGAUUCAAAAGUUGAAAAAUUGAGAAAAAAUCUACAGAUAACUACAGAUUUUCAAAAGCUAAAUAAUUGUGAUUUGAUUGUAGAAGCCGUUUUUGAAGAUAUGAAACUGAAAAAGGAACUUUUCACUAAACUUGAUAAAAUUUGCAAACCAUCAUGUAUUUUUGGAACCAACACAUCAAGUUUAGAUUUGAAUGAGAUGUCAUCAGUACUUAGAGAUCCAACAAAAGUAGUUGGAAUUCAUUUUUUCAAUCCGGCAAAUUUGAUUCGAAUGGUUGAAGUGAUCUACGGAUCGAAAACUUCCUCCAAAGCAGUUGCUACAGCUUUUGAAGCAUGUAGAUCUAUCAAAAAGCUACCAGUUCUUGUGGGAAACUGUCCAGCAUUUGUAUUUAACCGGCUACUUGGAGUUUAUCUGAAUCAGAGUCAAAAGUUGAUGUAUGAAUACGGAUAUCUUCCUCAUCAAAUUGAUAAAAUCAUUACAAACUUUGGAUUCCUAAUGGGUCCUUUAACAGUAGCUGAUAUGAAUGGAUUAGAUGUAAUGGAAAAGUUGAAAAAGGAGAAUGGAUGGCCAGCAAGUGAUUUUGAAAAGGAAGUUUGGAGACAAAAGAGAUACGGUAGAAAAACAAAUAAGGGAUACUACAAAUAUGAUCCAAAUACUCACAAAAAGGAGAAUGAUAUAGAAAUGGAGCAGCUCAUUCGAAAAUUUUCUUCAGCUGCAAGUCCAAAUAUACAAAUUUUGAACGAUCAGGAUGCCGUCAAUUUCCUCUUGUAUCCCAUGGUCAACGAAGGUCUUUUGUGCAUUGAGGAAGGAAUCAUCCAUCAUGAAAGUUUGAUCGAUAUCAUGUUCAUUCUCGGGUUUGGAUGGCCUGUUGCUACUGGUGGUCCGAUGAGAUUUGGAUGGCUUCAAGGAAUUGAAAAAGUUGCGAGCACAAUUAUUCUCUGGAAUUCUUUAGAACCAAAUGAUAGAACAUACAAAGUUGCGGCCACGUUGCAAAAUGUGGACAGGAAGAAUUUUGCAGCGAAAUUAUAAAUUUUGUAGUUCGUUACCAUGUUCAAAGAGAUGAUUAUUGUAAAAACAUAAAUAAAUACCCUGUAUACAAUUG